AUGAUGGACACCAACAAGAUGGUCAUCAACUUGGCGCUCUUUGGCGGGACUCAGAGUGGAAAGAGUUCUGCCGGGAACAUUCUGCUGGGAAGCACUGAGUUCCACACCAGCUUUUCUCCCUCUUCUGUCACCCAGGACUGCAGCCUGGGCCGUAGCUGUCACCUCCGCAGCUUUAUGCGCCGAGCGGGGCGAGAGGUCAGCCUGCAGGUGCAGGUGCUGGACACUCCUGGUUACCCACACAGCAAGCUGAGCCUGGAGCAGGUGAAGCAGGUGCUCAGGAGGGCCCUGGAUCAUCACUUUGGGCAGGAAGGCCUCCACCUGGCGCUGCUGGUCCAGAGAGCAGACGUGCCUUUCUGUGGACGGGAAGCUCCCUACCAUGCUCAGCUCAUCCAGGAACUUCUGGGACAUGCUUGGAAGUAUCACACUGCUGUUCUUUUCACUCAUGCAGAAAGAAUAGAAGAGGCUGGGUCCAGUGAAAGUGAAUACUUACGCGAAGCCCCUGACGGCCUACUGAGCCUCCUAAAUUCUGUACAGAAGAGAUAUGUUUUCCAGUAUAAAAAAGCAAGCUCCUUUAAUGAGCAAAGAAUGAAAAUAUUAGAAAGAAUUGUGGAAUUUAUAAAAGAAAAUCAUUAUCAAGUUCUUACCUUUAAAUAAAAUUCAAGAGAAAGAAACAAUGGGUGUUGGGAGUCAGAAACCUGGUUUAAAACCUGGCGGCGGGCCCUGAGAAUUCCCCACGUGGCCAGUGAGAGCAUGGGUUUGUAUAACCGCCCUGGGAAACUGUAAGUUAAAAAGAACAUCAAGGAUGCAAGAUUUCUAACGCAAAUCCCAUGAUAUAAAAAUUAUCCCCCUAAGUACAUACGCCACAGAAAGUUGUAUAUUUGUUCAGUAAAAGACACGCAUGGGGCUGGGGACUUAGCUUAGUAGUUUCGCUGCCUGCUGCGCAAGUGCAAGGA